AUUCUAAAUUUUACCCACUAUAUAUAUAUCAAUCCAUUUUCUUCAUUUUUUUAUAAACUUUCUACUACUUUCUAACCCACUCUCUUCUACUACUUUAUAAAAAAACCUCCACUUUCUCCUAUUUUUUUACAAGUAUGCAUCCAUACCGACCCCCGUUUGGUGGCCCCUCAAGACCCACGAACCCGAACACAACCCAACCGCAAACCCCGUACAACCUACAAGACAUGGACCCGAGCUUUUUAACUUACGCGGCUUUCUUGAGUGGCGCCCCUCCUUUUGUUCCUCCCACCUACGGCUUUGGUCAAGCCGGCGGGUCGCAACCGUCACAACCCGAACCCGAAUCCGAACCCGAUGUCGAGGUCGUGCCGGAGUCGCAACCCGAACCGGUGCAAGACAAAUCGAAACGCGGCAGAAGGUCGCAUAAAAAGAAGGAAAAGGAUGAGCCUCGACGUGCAAAAACAACCAUUAAAUGGACGAAGGACGAGGAAUACACGUUGAGUCGGGCGUGGCUCGAUAUUUCGGAGGACGAAGAUACCGCAAACUUUCAAACGGGCCCCGUUUUUUGGGAUAGGGUGCGUGCACUCUUUUAUAGCUCGUGGGGUCAAGGCGAGCAUCGGGACAAGGAUUCAAUUUCUAGCAAAUGGACCGACAUCAACAACAAAUGUCACGCGUUUCAAGAAGUUUACCAACGUAACUACGAUAAUCGCCCGAGCGGUGAAAGUGACGUCGGGGUUUUAACAAAGACUUUGGAGGAGUUCGAUAGGACGAAAAGCCCUUUCACGUACUAUAAGUGUUGGGAGCUUCUACGAAAAAGUCCAAAGUGGGCGCUUGUUAAUCCAAUGACGUCAAGUAGUAGACGCCGGGCUAAAAGGUCAAAAACAUCAUCCUCCGCCGACCCGUCAACUCCGACAUCCGAUGUCCGUAAUGUUAAUUUAAAUGAAACGUUGGACGUUGACGAGCAAAUUCAAGAAGAGUUGGCCCGACCCACCGGUAGAAGAAAGGGAACGGGGAAAAAAACGGUCGAGUCGUCUUCCGAUCUCGAACUAAAGGAUGAUUUCGAGGAGAUGAACCGUCGUCUCCAAGAUAUUCGCGACCUCGGCCACAAACGUUGGGAGAUUAUGAAAGACCGAGUAGUUGAAACCAAAAAGUUCAACGAGUUGCAAGAGGCGCGACAAAUGGAAAAGGACAUUGAGUUUUUGUCCAAACCGAUCGACCACCUCCAAGGCGACGCGUUGAUCUUGGCUCAAAUGCGUCGCCAAAAAAUACGAGAAAAAUAUGGACUUUAGAUCA